AUGGACAUUCUGGACGAGGAUAACCACGUUUUAAACAUUCGGUUGGCCAAACGUAUUGGUCUGUAUCAGAUUUUGGAUCCCGAAACCGUUAAAUGUCGCGGUCAAAACGUCUACCACGUUGUCGUGGCACUCGUCGUGCUGUACUUGUGCGCCGUUUCGAUGAUGUUGAACGCCAGCGGCGUGUAUUAUUGGACGGACAACGUGGCCAUCAUAAGCGUAGACUAUUUCUGGAAAGCGCAGACCGGGUUGUUCGUCUUCUACAAGAUGUGGAUCGCCGUCUACCGGUCGAACGACGUGUGGAACUGUCUGUCAGUCACGCGGUACGGUUUCACGUCAUUCAGCGUCCGGGACGGACACGUACUGUACCGUUGGCGAGAACGUUCCGUGUGGUUCACGAACACGCUGACCGUCAUGUACUUGACGUCGCUGGCGUUUUUCUUGUGCAGUUCCUUGGCGUUCCGCAAAGACGUGUUGCCGGUAAAAAAUCACGACGGAUCCGUCGGGUAUUACCGUCAGAAUAUUUUGAACUUGUAUUUAAUCGUGUCCGACGAAACGUACAACACGCACUAUUACAAGUUUUAUUUCGUCGAAUCGUUAUCCGUCGUACUGCUGACAAUAUUGUUUCUCGUAUUCGAUGUCCUUCUGGUUACACUGUGCUUUGCUCUGUGCUGUCAGAUGCAAAUGAUUUGCUCUGCGUUUGAAUCGGUCGGACAUAAAUCGCCAAGCGGCUCCAAUUCUUCCGUCGAUCGUAUGGAUGAAAAAAAAAAGAUUUCUAUCGAUUAUGAUUUAAUCUAUUAUGAUGAAUUAAAAACAAUUAUAAUGGAUCAUCAAGCAGUUAUGAAGAAAUUUGAAGAAUUAUUAACUCUAUUUCAACGAGUAAUGUUGUCACAAUUUGUUAUUUCAUCGAUGUCGCUUAUCAUCAUUUGGUUUUUUUUCAUAUUGAAAGAUUCAGUAAUAUUUGCAUUGUACAGCAGUAAUUGGACCGAAAUGAAUAUGAAGUGUAAAAAAUUGAUAUUAUUAACAAUGCAGAUGAAUAAUGUUUACUAUAAAAAGUUUAGAUUCACUAAAAAUAAAGUUGUAAAUUUGGAUAUGUUUCUUAAGACAUUGAGAAAUUGCUACACAGUUGUAUCAGUUUUAAUAAAUUGCACCAGUACACAAUCACAGAAUAAUUAA